CGGGGCCGGCCGCGACAAAGGGCGACGCUCCCUCCCGCCCGGAGCGCACCGCCGAGAUGUACCGGGGCUGGAGAGCGAGAGGCCCUCCUGCCUGGUGCCAAGUCAGUGCCUGGUGGCAGUGAGCGCAGAAGUGGCUGUGUCUGAGGGUGCCGGCAGGGAGAUGGAGGCCCUGCGCUCGGAGCUGCUCCUGCCCACGCUGGGAGAAGCAGGAGCUGUGGGAAGCCCUGGUGUGGCCAGUGCCAGCCUGGCUGGGACACCCUCUCUGACUGCCAGCCAAGACUUGCUGCUGGCAGAGGCAUCGUUGCCCGGGGAAGGGGCUCACGCUGAAGGAAACAACGUGGAGAUAUUCAUCGAGGCUGUGGCUGGAAAUGUGACAUUGAGCAAUGCAGUGAAUGCCACAGAGGUGCUGGUCAAAGUGGUGGAGCUGUAUUUCUGCAAGAGGUGUGGCCAGAACUUCCCAGAGGCCUCUUUGCUGUCCCAGCACCAGUGCCUACUGGUGGCCACUCCAGGGCACCUGGAGCUCCCUGGAGCACUGUCAGCUUCCACCAGUGAGAGCCAGAGUGAGCCAGGAGGCAUGAAGCCACCUGGAGCCAGUGUGCAGGAUGGCUCCACUCCUGAGCACCUGCUAUGCCCUGUCUGUCAGGAGACAUUUGUGCAACCUAGCGAACUCAAGGAGCACUUCAAGGCCCACCGCGCCCCGCCAGGAGCCCUGCCCUGCCCCGAGCAGGGCUGCUGCUUCAUCACGGAGGAUCGCAAGCAGCUGCGCAGCCACCUGCGCUGCCUGCACGGGGCCUCCCCCGUGUCCUGUGCCUCCCGUGCCUGCCCCCUGCUCUUCCCCAGCCGCCCGGCCAUGGAGCAGCACCACCGCACCCACUUCCCCUUCCACUGCGGCCACUGCGACUUCGUCACUGCCAACGCCAAACUCUUCUGGCAGCAUAGGAAGGGACACACCACAGAGCUCCCCACUGAGACUCCUGUGACAGGCAGGACCCUCGUGUCAGCCUCCCACAACCUCCAGCAGCACUCCGUCCUGCCAUCAGCAGCAGAAGAAGGGCAGGAGGAGACAGGGAAUUGCCACCCUGGCUGGGAAGCCACUGCAGCAGAAGCCAGGCCGGCGGAGCCCGCAGGCACCGGCGAGGGCUCCUUGGAAAGACAGAAAGCAUCAGCUGGAGAUGAGGAGUCAGACAGCGGCAGGGAUGAGACGCUGGAGGAGGAUGGUGAGAGCCUCUGCAAAGGUGAAGCCAAAGAGGACAGGAAGGCAGCUCCCAAGAAAGCCAGGGUGCCGCGGGCACAGCACUUCAAAGGGGAUGUCGCAGAGGGCUCUGAGUACCUCUACAAAACCCACAUGUGCCCUGAAUGCAAACGGUGCUUCAAGAAGCGGACACACCUGGUGGAGCAUCUCCACUUGCACUUCCCUGACCCCAGCCUGCAGUGCCCCAACUGCCACAAGUACUUCACCAGCAAAAGCAAGCUGAAAAUCCACAUGAUGCGGGAGAUGGGAGAGAAGGCCCACCGCUGCCCGCUCUGCCACUACAGCUCGGUGGAGAAGAACGCCCUCAACCGCCACAUGGCCAGCAUGCAUGAAGACAUAUCCACCUUCUACUCUGAUGUUUACUCCUGCCCUGUCUGUGAGGAGAAGUUUCGGCUCAGCCAGGCCCUCAAAGAGCACUUGAAGACUCAUAAAGCUGAGCCCAAGAGGCUGAGCUGCUUCCAGGGGGGCUGUGACUACUGUGCAGAGGACCGGAAGGAAUUUGUCCGUCAUCUCAAGGAUGUGCACGGCCUGAAGGCAGUGGAGUGCAAGUACCAUGCCUGCUCCCUGCUCUUUGGCACAGCUGAGGCCAUGGAGGCUCACCGAAAAACUCACUAUGCCUUCCACUGCCAGCAGUGUGACUUCAUCUGCUCCAAUAAGCAUGUUUUCCGCAAACACAAGAAGCAGGGGCACCCAGGCAGUGAGCAGCUCCAGUGCAGCUUCUGCCCCUAUGCCACUUUCAACCCCGUGGAGUUUCAUGACCAUGUGGGCAAGAUGCACGCCAAUGAGAAGAUCCACAAGUGCUCCGAGUGUGCCUUUGCCACUGCGCACAAGAGGGUCCUCAUCCGGCACAUGCUGCUGCACACUGGAGAGAAACCUCACAAGUGUGAGCUCUGCAACUUCACGUGCCGGGAUGUGAGCUACUUGUCCAAGCACAUGCUGACCCACUCCAACGACAAGAACUUCAUGUGCACUGAGUGCGGGUACAUCACCAAGUGGAAGCACUACCUGAACGUCCACAUGCGCAAGCACACUGGAGAUCUCCGGUACCAGUGCAACCAGUGCUCGUACCGAUGCCACCGUGCUGACCAGCUGAGCAGCCACAAGCUGCGGCACCAGGGCAAGAGCCUGAUCUGCGAGGUGUGCGGCUUCACUUGCAAGCGCAAGUAUGAGCUGCAGAAGCACAUGCAGGCGAAGCACUCUCAGAACUACCAGGUGCCCAUCUUCCAGUGCCAGUACUGCACCUACCAGACCAAGUACAAGCAGGCACUGCUCAACCACGAGAACUGCAAGCACACCAAACAGAAGGAGUUCCGCUGCGCCCUGUGCUCCUACUGCACCUUCAGCAACACCAGCCUCUUCUUCCACAAGCGCAAGAUUCAUGGCUAUGUUCCCGGUGACAAGGACUGGCUGGAAAACUACGCCAACAAGGAGCUGGAGGUCAGCUCAUCCGAGGCACUCUUCAGCUACGAGCUCGGUGCAGCCCUGUGUGUGGAUGCCAGCUCCCCCCGUGCCAGCAAGGAGCAGUGGACAAAGGGAAAGCCACCUUUGCUGGAGUCCCAGGGGGAAGAGGGCUACCAACAAUCAUUCAUAGUGCCUCUCCUUGAGCAGGGUGCUGCUCUGUCGGAGAGUGGCGGUGAGGCAGAGGGAAGUGUGGGCAAGGGGGAGCAGAGCUGUCCCACCACUGGUGAUGCCCUGGAAGAUGACUGCAUGCGAGGAGAUGCUGCUGCAGGCUCAACUGAGCUCGCUGCUUCUGGGGAUGUGGCAAAGAGCUGCACAUUGCACUUGGAGGCACUGAACGUCUCCUCUGACCCCCUCCUGGAGCAUUUGACUGGAGAAGCCUGUGUGGCACACCCAGAGAGUGUGGAAGUGAUGUCCUGCAAGGAGCCUCGUACAGCCUAUGAGAUGAUGGGCUCCCAGGAUAACCUGGGUUUGGAGGGCAAUGACAAUACACUUGAAGACAUCCCAGACUUUGAGGAAGAGGAGGCAGAUGUACAGGAGGAUGAGGCAGUGAGGCUGAAAGACAGCGUAGCAGCAGGAGACAGCCAGGAAAAAGAUCCCCUGAGGCAGGCAACGGGCCACCUCGAGGAGUCGUGCUCGGACCACCAGAAGCUGGUGGAAGACACUGAGAUGAGAGAGACCGGUCAAGCUGACCUGCCAGGGCUCUGGCUCAGUGUGAUGAAGAUGGCUGAGCAGAGCCAGCUGCCUGUCCCAGAGGAGGUGGCUGCCUCUGUUGAUGAUGCCAGAGGUGGCUCAGAGUUGGUGCUGAAGGCACUGCGGAAGCAGGACAAGGAGCAGGCGGAGACGCUGGUGCUGGAGGGCAGGGUGCAGAUGCUGGUGGUACAGUCAGAGAGCCAGAUCUUUAAGUGUGAGAAGUGCUCAUACAUCACACGGAAGGAGAAGUCCAUGUCCCUGCACUCCAAAGGCAGCUGCCAGACCCGCCGGGCCCCCCUCGUGUGCCGCGAGUGCGGCACCAGCUUUAAGCAGCAAAGAGGGCUCAACACCCACCUCCUCAAGAAGUGCCCGGUCCUCAUGAAGAAGAACAAGAUCCUCAAACCAGCUGAUCAGGAGCCGCCUGGGUUGUGCCAACCUGCUAACCAGCCUUGUGAUAAUGGUACAGAAAUGGUGGAGAGCGAGAGGGGAGGCUUGGAGGAAUCUGGGCAUGCCAAGAGCUGCUGGGAAGCUGAACUGAUGACUGAUAAAAUGCAGGCAGCAGGCAGUCCCUUGGCUGGGGAAGAGACCUCGGGUUGUCCUGCCUCUGAAAAGAACCUGCUGGGUGACAGCACAGAGGUGGCAGAAGAGCCUCCUCAGCAAAGGGAUGGGGAUGACCCAGGUGGACUUGCUUGUUCCCUCCAGCCUGGGAAACCCUCAGAGAAAUACAGGCUGGAGGGAGGGAAGCUGCACUGCAACGCCUGCUCCUUCGUGUGCUCCCGUGUCUCCACCAUCACCUCCCAUGUGGAGGAUGGGUGCCGGAGCCUGGAGCAGUUCUGGUGCUCCCUGUGCCCUGAGGCUUUCCGCUCCCGGCGGGCACUCAAGAGUCACUGUGCAGAAAAGCAUGUGGUGCAUCCUGAGGAGGACAGACCCCAAAGCACUGAGCUCCCUGAAGGGGACCGGGCCAGUGUUGAGACAGGCCAGCCCAGCAAGCCCCCAAUGAAUGCAGCCUCCCCCAGAUCUGCCCUGCCCAAGAGAAGGUGUUUCUCCUGCCCCACCUGCCCUUUCACCUGCCACCAGGAACGGGCCAUGAAGACGCACAAGAAGAGGGGCUGCAUGGUGCUGGGUGAGUUUCGCUGCACCUCCUGCCCGUUCACCUCCGAGGUGGCCAAAGCCCUGCGGCUGCACCGCAAGCUGCACCGCAAGCACUACAGCAAGCGGCCGCAGCUGCAGUGCCACCAGUGCGAGUUCACCUGCAAGCAGGCCCGCUGCCUGCGGCAGCACAUCCGCAUCAAGCACGAGGGGGUGAAGCCCCACAAGUGCCUCUACUGUGAGUUCAGCACCACACGGCGCUACCGGCUGGAGGCCCACCAGUCCCUGCACACCGGCGUGGGGCGCAUUGCCUGUGGCAUCUGCAACCAGACCUUCGGCACCAACUCCAAGCUGCGCAUCCACCGCCUGCGGGUGCACGAGAAGACGCCCACCCACUUCUGCCCGCUCUGCGACUACAGCAGCUACCUGCAGAAUGACAUCACCCGCCACGUCAACAGCUGCCAUCGGGGAGAGCUGAACUUCGGCUGCUCCCGCUGCGAGGCGCGCUUCAGCUCCGAGACGGCUCUCAAGCAGCACAUCCUGCGGCGGCACGAGGAGAAGGUGUCCUACUGCUGCCCACGCUGCGGCUUCGUGUGCCACAGCGAAGCCACGCUGAAGUGCCACAUGCAGAAGCAGCACCCACACCUGGAGUGCAGCACCUGCAAGGAGACCUUUCCCACCCGGGAGGCAUUGGAGGAGCACAAGACGCAGCACUUCAGCCACCGCUGUGAGCUGUGCAGCUUUGCAGCCAAGGAGCGACAGCAGCUGGUGCGGCAUUACGUGGAGAGCCACGAACCGGCCGCCCCCCAGGACAAACCUCUGCACUGCCCUUUCUGCGACUUCGCCUGCUGCCACCAGCUCGUUUUCGACCAGCAUAUGAAGGGCCACGGGGGCACCCGCGUGUACAAGUGCUCAGACUGCGAGUACACCACCAAGAACAGGCAGAAGAUCACCUGGCAUAUCCGCAUCCACACUGGUGAGAAGCCCUACAAGUGCCACCUCUGUAAAUACGCCUGUGCUGACCCUUCACGUCUCAAGUACCACAUGCGGAUCCACAAGGAGGAGCGGAAAUACCUCUGCCCUGACUGCGGCUACAAGUGCAAGUGGGUGAACCAGCUCAAGUACCACAUGACAAAGCACACAGGCCUGAAGCCGUACCGCUGCGAUGAGUGUGAGUACUGCACCAACCGGGCAGAUGCCCUGCGGGUGCACAAGGAGACUCGGCAUCGGGAGGCCCGCUCCUUCAUCUGUGAGCAGUGUGGCAAAGCCUUCAAGACCCGCUUCCUCCUCAAGACACACCUGAAGAAGCACAGUGAGGAGAAGCCCUAUGUCUGCAACGCCUGUGGGCGGGCUUUCCGCUGGGCAGCCGGCCUGCGCCACCACUACCUGACCCACACCAACGAGCACCCCUUCUUCUGCCGCUACUGCCCCUACAAAGCCAAACAGAAGUUCCAGGUCAUCAAACACAUCCAGAGGCAUCACCCCGAGCGUGGGGCCAGCGACCCCAGCCAGGGGGUGGGCAAAGACCCCAGCAUGCCGACUGUCCACCUCCAAGCUGUGCAGAAGGAGAGCCGGUCUGAGGGCCCCCCUGGCAUGGAGCAGGAAGGAGGGUGCCCUGCAGAGAAGGAUGGUGUUUCCCAAUGAGGCCGAAUCCUUACUGCUUCAAGGCCCUGGUGGCACAGGUGUGUCGCAGAGAUGUGUGUGUGUAUAGGCAUAUAUGUAUAUGAGAUGUAAAAUAUGUGGCUGUACAA